AUCUAAGCCACCUACUCGGUAUCUUUUUUUUUGAUCUGAUUAUCUUGUUCUGUUUUUUGUCUUUGCGUGCGGAAUGCAGUUAUAGAGCUCUGCUGUCCUGGACGUCUCUCUUUGCUGGAAAAUGCCGUCAUCCUCAAAGCCAGGCAGUUUGAAGGCACAGAAGCUAGAUCACGAUAGCUUCGUCGCCUUUGAUCACGCCGCAGCCGGACAUGAUGGUGUCCGUUGCACGCUCUCCGGUUCGCUGAUUGCGAAGCCAUGCACGGCCCAAGAAGUUGCCUUCUACGAGUCCAGCGCCCUUCAUCCAGCCUUUCGGGAAUUCAUGCCUAUAUACAUCGGUACGCUAUCUGCAGCAGACCAGAAAUCACCUCUUUCUGUAGCAGCAGCCGGGCAAAGCGGAGUCGUUGUCCCCGAAUCAGUUCAAUCGUCGGCAUUCAAUACACCUGUCAAUGGCAGUGCGGCUCAAUCUGACGCUGGACCUUCAUCAUCAAAUGCCGCCCCUACAGAAGAAGUGCCGUGGGUUCCCUCCGCUGGUCGGAAAAUUGAGACGGGCCUGUCGAUUGUUCUAGAAAAUGUCGCCUCGGGGUUCACCAGACCAAAUGUCUUGGAUGUAAAACUCGGAGCUAGGCUGUGGGCCGAUGAUGCGCAUCCCUCGAAGCGAGCUAGGUUGGAUGCCGUCUCCAAAGAAACGACCAGCGGUAGUUUGGGUUUUCGGAUCGCUGGUAUGAAAGUGUGGACCGGAGUAAAGGGGGAAACUGACGCCGGUGGUCGAACCGAUCCCUAUGAAACCAAGCACGAGGGAUCAGAGGGCGAAAAGGGUGAAGUCAUUGAGAAGGACGGCUACAUGCGCUACGACAGAUGGUAUGGGCGAUCUUUCAGCGACAAGAACGUAAAGGAGGGAUUUGAGACCUUCCUUGCAGGGGCCAAAGGCGGGAAAAUAGACCACUCCAAGCUUAUUGCUAGGAGAUUGGCAGGAGAUUUACGCAAUAUACAGCAGGUCCUGGAAGCGGAGGAAAGCCGGAUGUACUCUUCUAGUGCCUUAAUUGUCUACGAAGGCGAUCCGGAAGUGCUGGAACAUGCGCUUGAUGAAGAGAAAAAAGCCGCGGAAAACCCACCAGCAGAAGAAGACGAAGAUGAGGAAGAGGAAGAGGAUUUCGUUCUACAGCAUGGUGGCUCUUUCAAAGUCAUGGAUAUCAACGGAGGUGAAGGGGCUCUAUCUCAGAAUGCUAUCAACAUUAGCAUCGAUCCUAGAACGGCACAGCUGACAAGCUUGGAGGAUGAGGAGGAAGACGAGGAGGAACCACCAAAAGUUCUUGAUCUUCGUUUGAUCGACUUUGCUCAUGCGCAAUGGACCCCGGGCCAGGGUCCGGAUGAGAACGUUCUCAUGGGAGUGAGAAGCUUGAUCAGGAUUUUCGAUGAGAUUGCUAGGAGCUGAGAAUUGAAGCAUCUAUGCGUCCGAAUGUCGCUGGCGACCUAUGAGAAAUGCAACUGCUAUCUAAUUCUCUUGCAUCUAGACAAGGAGUUACAUGGUGUUUGGGGGUUUUCUGUCUUUGUUUUCAUCUUGGUAUUAGCAAUUAAACAGACAUAUAUACCUAAGAUAGUCUAGGAUAGAUCUGGUUUAAACAAGAAUCUGAGAAUCCCAAGAUAUU